AUGUCGUCGUCCGUCGUCAGCUCGUUCGGGGGGUCGUUCUUCAAGUGGUUCCAGGACGGCGUGCUACCCUACUUACUGGGGACCGUCAUCCUCAUUGUUGUCAUCGUCUCUUGCUCCCUCAACAUCCUGCUCAUCGUCACGCUGAAGAAGAGGGAUAUGAUGAAGUACCCGUGUAACCGCUUCGUCCUGGAGUUGUCGGUGAUGGACCUAUUAGCCGUGGCCCUCAUCCUGCUGCCCUCCAUGGUAGCAGCCUUCUCCAAGACCUGGUACUUCACCGACUACUUUUGCUACGUUCACGGCGGGCUCAUCCUCUGGUUUCAUCUUGUCACCUUCGGUCUUCUCUCUGUGAUGUUUGUGGAGAGAAUGGUGAAGAUUACCAACACGAACCUGUACGCCAAGGUGUUCACUUCCUCCCGCGUGGUGACGCUCCUGUCGGCUCUGGUCUGGGUCUUCACUUUGCUUGUCACUGGUGUGUCGGCCUCGCCUUGGCUAACCAUCUCCUACAACUUCUAUCACGCAGCCUGUGCCGUUAAUUUGGAUGAUAACAUCUAUUACACGUCUAUCGUCAUUGUGCUGGGGAUGGUCGCAUCUCUAAUUGUGUGCAUUGUUUGCAUUGUCAAGAUUUUCAGGUUUAAAAAACAAGCAGCGGAAAAAGCAAACAAUGACAAAAAGAACAGCAUUACUUCUAUAAAGGAGGAGCCGGGCGACAAGAGUAAAUCAGCAGGAGGUAGCGGGGGCUUCGGCGCUCUUCUCUCCCAGACUAAGACCAACAGUUCAUCAACCUCUGAACGGAAAGUGUCUACGACGGGAAUCGGAGCGUCAGCCAGCGGCGGGGGAGGGGGUAAACCUCCCAAAAACAAGCUAGCGCUAAUGGCGGCUCGUAAGAAAAUCAAGAAAGCUGUGAACAAAACCAAAGUCACCAAGCUGUUCUCUUUGAAGGAGGACAAUGGUGACCCGAAUCUACAUAUGAUGGUGACGUAUAUUAUUGUAUGGGUGGCGAUGUUUGUAUGCCAUGCACCGUACUUCGCCAUCAAUAUUGCCGACUUCUUUGAUUCGGGGGACAUUUGGGGUGGGUACUAUAGCAUAACUGUCAUCUUCUUCAUGGUCAGUUAUUGUUUGAAGCCUGUUAUCUACCUCGCGCAUAAUCGAAAUUACCGAAAAGGGUACAAAGAAACAAUGCCAGAGAAUGUGAUAGAAAAGGCGAAUGUAGCCAGAAAGUCCGUCUCAGAUUUUAUGACCAAGAUCGACAAAGCCAUGUUUAAGACCCCGGGAAAGAAAAAGCUGGACGCUACUCUCAAUACACAUAUGGCAGCCAACAAAUGGCUGAGGAAAGUCAAGAAUAAGAAAGGAGCAGGCGGUGGAGCUUUGGGGGCCUUUGGAAAAUUGAAACCGAAGUCCGAACCACCGAAAACUGAUGGCAAACAAGAAGCUAACGUUUCCGGUACAUCUGAAAAUCCAAAGCCAUCUCAAACCGAGUCAGGAGGCCAGCCGUUUGUCAAUGCUUCUUCCGCGGGUAAAGUGCCUCCGGCCGUCCGCCCACUGUCAGCUGAUUGGUCACCCACCCCCUCAAACUCCGCCCCCUCCCCUGCUGUCGUCACGUCUAGGGACGUCGAUCUGGCAGAGAAAGGGGUCUCCCCGGCGGCCGCAGUGUUAGCUACCCAGAAUUACGGUACCAACAACACUGUCGUCACUGAGCCAAUUCCCGAGGAUGAUGAUCCCGCCCCUUCCGGUAAUUCAAAUGGAACCUCUUUUAACAGAGGGAAGCUGAAAUCGAUCGUAAACAAACAAAUGAAUUAUCGGCGACUUUCCAAAAUGGCUCACGUGUUUGAAAUUGAAGAUAGUGACCAAGCGUUAGAUUUUGUUUAA